AGGAGGGCCUUGCUUUGAUCAACAUGGCGGACAACAAAGCCUCGGUGCUGUAACGCAUUCGGCACAAAACGACAUGGAUCAGAUGCAAAACUCGCACGAAGAGUACCACAGCAAUCCGUACAACCACUAUCCGAACUACCGACCGGGCUACGGGGGCGCUGGAUAUGGGAUGAUGAGCCCGUCGCGCCAGGGGAACACCGCGGGCCCGGGCAGCAGCACCGCCGCUCAGGGAAAGACUACCAUGGCUUCUACUUCUGCCCCGUCUCCUGGUGCAAACGUGCCCGCGUUUCAGAGGUUUCCUCCCGGCCAGAGUCAGCCGCAGCACCCGUCGGGGAAUACUCCCACCCUUAAUCAGCUGCUGACCUCUCCGAGUCCGAUGAUGCGCGCUUAUGGCGGGGGAUAUCAAGAUUAUAAUAAUAAUCCUUCAGCUCAGCAGCAGCAGGGCAUGGGGAUCAGCAAAGACAUCAUGAGCUCCACGUACAGCUCAAGCCACGGCUGGCCGCAGAGGAAUCACCCCGCCAUGAGUCCUGGAAAUAACGGCCAGGGAGGCAGCCGAUCCCAGGUGGCACCGAUGGACGCCAUGGCCAUGAAACGCUCUCAGCUUUACGGCAUGGCGAACAGCCCUUAUUCUCAGCAGCAGCAGCAGCAGCAGCCGAGCGGAGCCUACUCCAGCCAAUCAUACGGAACUUCUUCUCCCCACCGUUAUCCAAUGGGACUGCAGGGGCGUGACCAGGCUGGCAUGGGCAUGCAGUACCCGCAUCAACAGGUGCCGGCGCAGUAUGGGCAACAGGGCAUGGGUGGGUACUGCCAGCAGGGCCAGCCGCCGUACUUCAGCCCUCCUCAUCAACAGCCUGCAGCUCCCUCACAGCCUCACUACAUGCAGCCUCGAGCUCCGCCACAGCAGGAAGCUCCUCAGGAGGCCUACAGUGGCAGAGGUCAGCCUGCAAUGACUCCUGGGAAACCCAACCACGAUGAGAUGGGCCUGAACCAGCAGGAUCGACCGUCGAGCCUUCCAGACCUUUCCGGCUCCAUAGACGACCUCCCGACUGGCACGGAGGCGGCACUGAGCUCGGCGGUAAGCGCCUCGGGUUCCACCAGCAGCCAGGGCGAGCAGAGCAACACGGCCCAGUCUCCGUUCUCGCCUCACGCCUCGCCCCGCCUGUCCAGCCUGCGCGGCGGCCCCUCGCCGUCUCCCGUCGGCUCACCCGUGGGCUCCAGCCAGUCACGGUCUGGACCCAUAUCGCCUGCUAGUGUGCCAGGUGCACAAAUGGCUCCACAAACCCCGAAUGUAUCCGAUGUGGCCCCUCAUUCCACCCUCAGUCAGUCGCCCCUGUCUCAGGAGAGGGGAUUCGCCUCCAGCGUGCAGCGCGGUGGCCCCGGCCCUCAGUGUGGCCCCCAGCAGCCGGGACCCCCAAUGUCCCCGCAGCAGUCUCCGGGAGGUCCCGUGCACCACAGCAUGGGCUCCUACCAGCAAGCCGGGCCUGGGUACGGACCACAGGGACAGUACGGCCCUUCAGGUAAUUAUCCCCGUCCACCCAGCUACGGCGGCGCGCCGGGCCCCAGCUACAGCGGCCCCGGACCCGGCAUGAGCCUGGGCAUGAACGCCGGCAGCCCCAUGCACGGCCAGGGACCCGGACAGCCCUGCGGCUCGAUGCCAGCCUCGAGGGCCCCUGCCCAGCCGGGGGGAGGACGACCGUACACAGCGGGCUCUAGCAGCAUGGCACCUACCUCUCCCAGCAUGCCCCAGUCUGCAGGGCCUGGCAUGGGCCCGCCUCCACCCACAGGCACUCGCAAACCCCACGACAGCGGCGCCGCACCUUCCCCACAGAACCCCCACCUACCCGGAUCAGCCAGGCCUCCAUACACCAGGUCCCCCGUGUACCCAGGUGCGCGGCCAAGCCCGUUCGCUCCUCCCCAUUUCCCCCAGCAUCACGCCAGCCUUUAUGCCAGCGGCCCGGGCCAGCCUGAGCCCGAGCAUUACGGGUCAGGCGGGUAUCCAGGUGGGCCCAUGAUGGGUGGUAUGGGUCCAGGAGGCCCUUAUAAUCCACCACCGGGAGCCAACUUGAGUAGAAUGAACAUGCAGAGCCCUCCGUACAGUAACAUGCCGUCAGGACCGAUGCAGCUGGGCUCAGGAGACGGGAUGCCUCCCACUGACCAUAAACUAAGAACAGAUCCCAAGGAUGAAGGCAGCAUGGCCGGCAGCGAACCACCUAAAUCUAAGGACAGCUCCAGCUCGCACUGUGUGUCUCAGCCCCCCACCCCGUCCCCCCUGUCCCCCAGCCCUGCUAGUCUGUCCUCUAAUCACGGAGAUGACAGUGACAGCAUUAGCAGUCCGGCCUGGCCAAAGACCCCCACCAGCCCCAAGCUGAGCUCUGCGCCCAUGACCACUGAGAAGAUCACACGCCUAUAUGAGAUGGGCAGCGAGCCAGAGAGGAGAGGCUGGGUGGACCGAUACCUGGCCUUUAUGGAAGAGAGGGGCACGCCUGUGCCCAACAUCCCUGCCGUGGGCAAGAAACCCCUAGACCUGUGCCGCUUUUACCUGUGUGUACGUGACAUCGGCGGCCUGGCGAUGGUAAACAAGAACAAGAAAUGGCGAGAGCUCUCCGGUCUCCUAAACGUGGGCACGUCCAGCAGCUCGGCCAGCUCUUUGAAGAAGCAGUACAUCCAGUUCCUGUUCGCCUACGAGUGUAAAGUGGAGCGCGGUGAGGAGCCUCCUCCAGACGCCUUCAACACCGCAGACGGCAAGAAGCUGCAGCAGCCGAAGAUCCAGCCUCCCUCGCCAGCUAACUCCGGGUCUCUUCAGGGGCCCCAGACCCCUCAGUCUACGGGCAGCAGCUCCAUGACGGAAAUGCCAGGGGAUGGAAAACCCCCCACACCAGCCUCCACGCCCCACAGUCAUAUGAUCUCUCUACAGAGUGCCAGGAACAGCGGUGUCAGCGUGCAGGAUCCCUUCUUUGACAGCAGCGACCCAGUGUUUCAAAAGCGAGGCAACAUCCCUGCUGGCAUGAUGUACCCUCAAGGAGUGGGCGGAAUGGAUGCCCGAAUGCAGUACGAUGCCAACAAGGAGCCGUUCGUGGCUCAAAGAAAAGGUGGCAGCGACUCCUUCAUGCCAGGACAAAUGGCCAGCGGUGGCAUGCAAGACAUGUACCCACGGGGUCCCCAGGGCAUGGGAAUGCGACCCCAGUAUCCUUACAACCCCGUCUUCGAAAGAAGGCCCGAACACGCGAUGGGCCAAGACGGUGGAAUGGUGCCGCCCGGAAAUCAGAACAGCAUGAUGCCCUCCAACAACGAUCCGAGCAUGUUCCCGGGCAGUAGAUACCCGUCCCAUCAGAGGCACGGACAUGAUGGUUAUGGGCAGCAGUACCCUCAAAGCAUGGCGUACGGCACCCAUGGAAUGUACCCACAGCCGCAGGGGUACAAGAGACCAGGGGAAGGGCUGUACGCCCCCCCGGCAAAGCGGCACGAGGGCGACUCCUACGGCAUGCAGUACGGCGGCCAGCAUCCAGACAUGUACAGCCAGUACGGUGCAGGAUACCCGGACCGCAGACCCAUGCAGGGCCAGUUUGGUUACCCGUAUAACCGGGAGCGCAUGCAGCACGGCGGACAGGGACCGCCCCAGCACAACAUGAUGGCGGGAGGACCGUCUUCCACCUCCAGCGCCGGGCCUCAAGGGAACAUGUGGCAUCCCAGAAGUGACAUGGGCUACCAGUACUCCGGCAGACAGGGUCCCACGUACCCCCCCAUGAGCCGUGCAGAUGAGCCGGAGGGCAGGGUCAAUCAGGACGGUCAGUGGCCGAGUCACGCCGGCCAGCACCAGUCGCCUUACCCUUCCCAGUCUACUUCUAGCUCCAUGCCUCCCAUACCAAACCGCCAGCCUCCGUCCUCAUACCAGUCUCCUCCGGCCAUGCCCAAUCACGUUUCCCGUGCCCCCAGCCCAUCGCCCUUCUCCCGACCCAUGGGGGGUUCCAUGUCUCCCAGUAAAGGUCACUUGAUGCCGAAACCAGGCGUGCCCGGGUCCAUGCCGGGAUCUCAGGGUGGUGGCGUCCCCGGUCAGGGUCCACCGUCCGUCCAUCAGAAGAUCAGCUUUCCACCGGAAUCUGUCGAGGCCACGCAGCCCCAGCUAAAGCCGCGCCGAAGGUUAACCUCUAAAGACAUCGGAACGCCGGAGGCCUGGCGGGUGAUGAUGUCUUUAAAGUCUGGCUUGCUAGCAGAGAGCACCUGGGCCUUGGACACCAUAAACAUCCUGCUGUACGAUGAUAACACAGUGUCUUCCUUCACCUUGUCUCAGUUGCCUGGUUUCCUAGAAUUAAUCGUGGAAUAUUUAAGACGCUGCCUGAUCGAGAUCUUUGGAAUCCUGGAGGAAUAUGAAGUGGGCACCAACGGACAGAAGACUCUUCUUGGUCCUUCACCAGAGCCAGUCAAAGAGGAAUCUGUGGAUCUGAAGCAGGACAACCAAUCAGAUCCUGAGCAGGUAAACAAGAAACCGGAGACAGAGCCUGGAGUCCUAGAGAGCAACUCCGGUGCAGAGAACCUGGAGAAAAUGCCAGCAGAGGUGGUAGAACGAGAGCAGAACGGACCUAAAGAAGCGGGUAAAGAAGACGACCCAUUUUCGGAACCCCGGAUGAAACAAGCCAGCAAGUACGACCGACUGCCGGUGAAGGUGGAGGACAGGGAUGCGAUCGAUGACCAGGUGGAAGACAGGACAGAGCUACUGGGCCUGGGGAGAGAGUUUACCAGCGGCUUGUUGCACUGGGAGGCCGGCGGAGGAGACUCGACCGCCCACAUCCAGACCUAUUUCGAAAGGAAGUGGGCGGAGACGGGGGGCGAAGCCUCGCCAGACACGGACGCAGAGAAAAAAGAAGAUCAGGACGCUGCGGAUCCCAGUAAAGAUGUGGAAGAAGAUCAAAAAGAAGCUCAAGGUUCGACAGACGAGACUCCGCCAGCCGUCGUGGAGCAAGUUGGUGGUGCCCAAGAGUUACAGAAACGGGAGAAGGACCUUCUGGAAGACGAGCCACGCUGCUGGGACGAGGCACCUCUUUCGACGGCCGAGGACUGGCAGGACGAGCUGGCGAAGCGAUGCAUAUGCGUCUCCAACGUAAUCCGCGGGCUGUCCUUUGUGCCAGGCAACGAUGCCGACAUGGCACGGCACCCAGGCUUGGUACUCAUACUGGGAAAGCUCGUCCUCCUGCACCACGAGCACCCGAAGAGGAAAAGGACGUCCCCGACGUACCAGCACGAAGAGGAACGGAGUCUAGCCUGCAGCAAGGACGAGUGGUGGUGGGACUGCCUCGGCGCCCUGCACGAAAACACCCUGGUGACCUUGGCCAACAUUUCCGGGCACCUGGAUCUGUCCGUCUACCCCGAGAGCAUUUGCUUACCCAUCCUGGACGGCCUCCUGCACUGGAUGGUGUGCCCGUCCGCCGAAGCCCAGGAUCCGUUCUGCACGGCGGGCGGAUUCUCCUCCUUGACGCCGCAGAGGCUGGUACUGGAGUGCCUGUGCAAGCUGAGCAUCCAGGACUGUAACGUGGACCUGCUGCUGGCGACGCCCCCUUUCAGCCGCCAGGAGCGCCUCUUCGCGACGUUGAUGCAACUCGUGGGCGAACGCAAGAGCCAAGUGUGUCGGGAGAUGGCGGUGGCCGUGCUGGCCAACCUGGCACAAGGCAGCGCCACGGCGGCCCGUGUGAUCGCCCUGCAGAAGGGCAGCAUCGGGACCCUGGUGGGGUUUCUGGAGGACAGUCUGGCCAUGGCGCAGUAUCAGCAGAGUCCUCACAGCCUGCUGCACGCGGGACACCCGACGCACUCCGAGCCGGCCAGUAUCAACAUGAUGUGCCGGGCUGCCAAGGCGCUGAUGGCGAUCGCUCAGGUGGAGGAGAACCGGGCCGAGUUCGUGCUGUACGAGAGCCGCCUGCUGGACGUCACGCUGUCGUCCGUCGUGAACUCUAGCGUGGCGGCUAUCCUGUGCGAGGUGCUGUUCAAGCUCGGGCGCUCGUGACACCAGUGCCGGAGAGCGGCGGGGACGAGAGGGGCGGGUGGAGGUGGCGCGGAAUCGUCGGGGUUAUAUUUUUAUUUAAAGAAAUUCGAAAAAGACAAAAAAUGUUUCUACAAACAAAUGAAUAUAUAGAGAGUAUAUAUAGCUCCUCUACGCCCCGUGUUUUUGCUAUUUUUAUUUUGGAUUUUUUUUUCUAAAUGAUUUUAAUACAGAUAUUUAAUAUUUCACGUUUGUUUUGUAUUCUUUUAAUGUUUCGUUUUGCUUUUUUUGUUCGUUUUUAAGUUCUUUUAACCAAAGUUGGUAUCUGGCAGAUACUGUUUAUUCCUUUUCUGCUCUCAUGAUGUUUUUUUUUAUGGUUCGUGGCUGUUUCUAGUGGGACUUUGUUUAUUCGGGGAUGCAGAUUUAUUUAAAUCGUGACGUGCUGUAGAUAGAACUCGCACCAUGUUAAAGAAGAAAAACAAAGAAAAAAAGAAAAAACACACUGAUUUUACUCUGUAUUCUUGUAUCCAGCUCUAAAGUGUCGUGCAAUAGGGUUUAGGAGGCUUGCUGGAGGGGAGAUUAUUAAAUGUGAAUGACUCUAUAGUACCACAGGCAAUAUACACAUCUGAUGACCAGUAUCGCACUGCGUAACCUCACCAGUAUCACACCAGACGGGGAGGAAAACGCGUCAGCUGGUUUGAAACGUACUUGCUUCCACCCACCAGUAGGAGCUCCGGUCACAGGAACUCCAAAGCGCUUUGGGUACCACUACUUCUCUCUCCUCUGCAACCUUUGGGCUGAUAUGUGUAUGUGAUCUGUAUAUUAAACAGGCCCUGAUUCUUUUCCUUUUCUCCGAGACGUGGUAUUAUACAGAGUGAUGCUAGACGAUGCUGAUUAUUAACGAUUCGAGAAUGUUCUGUUAAAGGAAGCGUGCCGACGUGUGGACUGUCCUGUGUGAAAGCGCCUCAACGUGUCCGGCUCGAAAAAGAAGAACGAGAAUGACACAGACUCCUGAACGCGGGCGUCGGCCUGACCGUACUCGAGUGUCUUUACCCAACAAUGACUCGAGACUUCAGACUUGAGUUCUGAUGAAAAUGCGCCGAUGACUCUUAACUCUUUUCCAUGCCAUAUGAUUUGAUGACCAUUGUUUAUUAGUAUAAAGUCUUUAUACUACAUGUUCCACAUGUUAAAGUAAAUGUACAUGAAACUGUACAUGAAACCUG